GCAUCGAGUUUGGGUGGAGCACUCUGCUGUGUCCCCUGACACCGUGCACAUCGGCUGAAUAAGAGCUCGUUUUUUUUUCAAGUCCGGCGUCCAGGCCACCAUGGCGAAGAACUGCGAUGCUUUAGGGAUUCCUGUCGGCCACAUGUCUUAUCCUAUAGCCUCGCUGGUCUGCUUCGUAAGUGUGCUGUUAAUACCAAGACCAGAGGAUCGAGAGUGCGGUGGAGCGGUUGUCUUGUGUUGGCGUGUAUUGCCCGUCUCCUCUCCCUCGACGCUGCCUGAACCAAUGGGGCCGUGUGGCUACAGUUGGUUGCUACUGAAAACAGGCUGGGCCUUCCUGAGCCAGAAGCAGAAACUGAGCCAUGCCUGUUGGCCAAUCUGUCAUGUGUAGGCUGAGUUGGCAACAAUUUUAGCCAGGCUGUGUCAGAUGGAGAAUUGAACAUGUCUGCGCGGGGCUGCGGAGGCAGCAGCUCCAGCCUUCCAGGGACUCCAGGUGGAGAAGCCAGCCCCACCAACAGGGUCCUGGGCUGGGCCGUCUCGUUCGAGAAGCUGCUGGAGGACCCCAGUGGUGUCGCCUACUUUACGGCCUUUCUGAAGUCUGAAGUGAGUGCGGAGAACAUUUUAUUCUGGCAGGCUUGUGAAACGUUCAAAAAGAUUCCAGCCACCAACUUGGACAAGCUAAAAGCAGAAGCUCGCUCCAUCUACAACACCUACCUGUCCGACAGCGCUCCGUACUCGGUCAACAUCGAUGACACAGCCAGGACAGAGGAGAAGGACCUGGAACAGCCCACUCCUGACAUGUUUGACAAAGCUCAAGCACAGAUAUUUAAGCUAAUGAAGAUGGACAGCUACCGGCGCUUUGUGCGCUCCCCUCUCUACCAGAGCUGCACCUUGGCAUGCGUAGAAGGCAAAGCUCUACCUCAGACGUCUACCGAGUCUACACCUAAGGGAUCCUGGGAGAAUGUGACCACCAGAAGGCCUAAAAUGAAGGCCGACUCUAACAGCCUGCCAGGUGGGAAGAGUGCCUCAGAGAAACACAAAAGAGAGUCCUGGGGAGAGGCUUCCAACUUUCAUCUGUCGGUCAAGUCGACCAGCAGUGUGGAGCUUGGUGCCCUCUACAGGCCGAAAGAGAAUGGCCGCUCAAGUCCCCGCAUCUCUGAGCAGGGUGGUGGAGCUGGCAUGCGCCUGGAGGGGGGCUACUGCUGUGUCUACCUACCUGACGGCAGCGCCUCCCUGGCGCCCACACGCAACGGCCAGCCCAUCAAAGACAUGCUGACUAGCCUGUGUGAAAAGAGAGGCUUCCCACUGAAAGAUGUCAUCAUUUACCUUCAUGGCAAGGAUAAGCAACCCUUAUCACUGGACCAGGACUGCUCCGUGCUGAGAGAUCAGCAGGUCUCUCUAGAGCUCAGGGUGAAGUUUGCGCUGGAAAUUGCCUCCACUGGUAAAACAAUAUGCAUCAUGGUGAAGUCUAGUAAGACACUGCAGGACGCCCUCUCUGCAGUGAUGCAGAAGCACCAUCUCAAACCACAAGAGGCUGUGGUCACCAUGGUCGGAAGCGACGAGCCCGUUAAUAUGAGUGGCAACGUGUUCAGACUGGCCAAUAAGACCCUGCGACUCGACAAAGCCAAAGGUAAAGACUCGACCAACGUUACCAAAGGCAACAGUUCUUCUGUAGCACAGACAGGACCAGUGAGCGCAGGUCUGGGGUCUCAAUCAUCACCGCAGCCGAACAGACCCAGGACUCGGCCCAAUAAGAACCGCGAAAUGGACGGGUUUCUGGACAUGUUGACGAGGGCUCAGUGUUGCAGGGUUGACGACCAGAGAGGCCUGUUGACCAAAGAGCAGCUGGAGGUUCCUUCGUUCCUGCAGCUGCGCUUAGACCAGGAGCAGGACACGGGCGAGCCCGGUGCGAGCAGCUCAUCCACUGACGAGUCCAAACCGGAAACUGAGGCCGAGGCGUCUUCAGCUUCAAGUUCAGCUUCAGAAGCGGAUAAAAAGGCGGCCUCCACUGGGUCGAAAUCUAAAGACAUGAGGGAAACAACAGUAUGAAAGUCGCAUUUAAAGACAUUAUCAAAAACUGGGUCUCACAACGCUGGGUUGUGAAUGAUGUCCGAAGGCGAAAACCCAAUUAUUUCUAAAGCACUUUUAAUAAUGGUUACCUAACCUAUAAGCUUGUAGACGGCAGGGCGCUCAUUGUCUGCUGCUCUCUGCCUUUUUAAGGCAAAAUGUAAAGAAGAAGAAGAAGAAGAAAGAUCAUGGCAAGCAUUCAUAGUGUCAUUAAGAAACACUACGGAUCCUUAUUGGAAUAUGUUUGCGAUGAAUUGUUUGAUGCACCCAAAAAUGUGUGUGUGUGUAUGUGUGUGUAUAUAUUAAAACAAAAGGUAGUUAAGUUAAACUUUCAUUUACCCUUCACACUGUUGCUGAUGUCACAAUAUCACUUCACUUGUGUUUUGAACUCUAAGCUAAAAUGUGUUUCUGUACAGGAACAAGUGACUGUCCAGCAGAGGCUUUUUUUUAAAAAAAAAAAAAAAAAAAAGAAAGAAAAAAUUGUUUUGCACAAUCGUGUUUUCUUAAUUCAGCUUUGAUCAAUCAGUGUUUUUAUGCAGAUUCGUUUUUAAUAUUUUUCAUUUGUGUGGUUUGUUGCUGUGUUUCUGGCACUUUGCUGUGAUGGCACUUUGAGAAGCCUUGGUCGAGUCCUGUUUUCCUGUCAGCUAAGACUACUACUCAGGGUCCAGAGCAAUAAUUACAAAUGUGAUGCCGCAGUUAGUGAAACCGAUGCUGUGAUAUUUUGCAGGGUGUAUAACUAAAGAAUUAAAGUGUUUUAUGAUAUAAGUACGAUCA